ACCAUCUCAACACAAUUCGCGAUGUGGCUUGGCCCAGUUACAGUGUCGCUCCUCGCAACGAUUAGCCAUGUCGUUGGCCAGGAUCAAAAGCCGUUAACAGAUGAAGCCGUGAUUAAACCCGCUUUCACUGUCCGCGAACAAUCUUCUGACCUCUGCGAUGCGGGCGCUCGCCAAUUCACCGGGACGGUCAACGUGACGGAUGAUAAGUCCAUGUUCUUCUGGUACUUUGAGAGUCGCAAUAAUCCAGAGACUGAUCCUUUGUUACUAUGGAUGAGCGGCGGACCGGGCGCAUCUGGAGAAAUGGGAUUAUUCAUGGGCAGUGGUCCCUGUACCGUGAAUCCCGAUGGGAACUCAACAAAACGAGCUGAAUACUCGUGGAUCGAUCACGCCAACGUCGUUUACAUCGAUCAACCCGUCGGCGUCGGCUUCUCCAAAAUCACAGACCGAAACAAAAUCGCCGUUGGUCUCGAACAAGGCGCGAAAGACGUACACACCUUCCUCUCCACAUUCUCCCACGACGUAUUCUCCAACCUCGCCGGAAAACCUUGGCACAUCACUGGUGAAUCCAUGGGCGGCCACUACGUCACAGGUUACACGAAACAUAUCGUCUCUCACGAACGCGAGAACGCGAAGCGCGGCAUCAAGCCUCGGGUCGAGAUCUCAUCUGCGAUUAUCGUGGAUGGGUAUAUUGACGCGACGCAGCAGUUCAUGGGAUAUUAUGACUUCUUUUGUGAGGAUUGGGCUGGUGAUGGAAGGAAAUAUCCGUUGAUGAAUCGGACGGCUUGUGAGAAUAUGCUUGCUGCGAUACCGGAGUGCCAUAAAAUGGGAAGUCAGUGUCGGUACUUUUAUGAUAUAGAGACUUGUCGCGCGGCAAAUGAGGUUUGUGAGAAGUCGUUGGGAGAGUACUUUAUGGAAGGCGUCGUGCCUGGUGGCUGGGAUCCUUAUGAUAACAGACACCCGUGUGAGAAGCCUCCUUUGUGCUCGAACAUGGACCACGGACCGGAAUGGAAGUUCCUGAAUCGUCGUUGGGUUCAAGAAAGACUUGGAUUCGACCGCUUUCCAUUUUACCUUAUCGACUUUGAUACCAAUGAGCGCUGGGAUAUUGCGCAGAAUAUCCAUAUACCUGUUACGCGCGAGUUGACGUGGAUUCUUGAUGAGACGGAUAUACGAGUUCUGUUCAUCAACGGCAACAACGACAUAAUCAUUAACACCCCCGGACAAAUGCGCAUGCUAAACCAACAGCGAUGGAAGGGACAGGAUAACUAUCGGGAACUUGGCUACGAAACCUGGCACUACAAGGAUGGCGAACUAACGUCUGAUGCUGAUGGUUGGAAUGUGAAGGAGGGAGGCUUCUGGAAGGGGAAUGGUCAGUUGAGUUUCUAUGCUGUUGAUGAAGCGGGACAUAUGUCUCCUUAUCACCAGCCUGAAGCUAUUGGCGCGAUCGUUCGAGCAUGGCUUCGCAAUGACUGAAGUCACCCUCGUUCGAAGAUCAUAUCAGAAACUCUCACA